AUGGGGUUAAAUUUGACGCCGAAAGAGCGAGUGAUCGAUAGUAUGGAGAGAUUGGCAUGGCCUGUUGUCCACGGAUCUUUAUCGACGAUUCUUGGAGUGACAGUAUUGGCUUUUAUCAAUUCCUACAUGGUGCUCGUGUUUUUCAAAACAAUUUUCCUUGUUUUAAUCAUUGAGGUAUUUCACGCACUGGUUCUUCUCCCAAUCGUCCUCAAAGUCACGCAUCCUUAUGUUGAAAAUUUGAUCGACGAAUCGAAAAGAAACUUGAGCAGAGAUCGUCGGGAAAAUACGGAAAAACCGAGCGGUUAUGCAAUCCAGCAUACCGGUCAAUGCGUUAUCCUAAAUACCUACCUUUUGAGAGAUUUCACUACGGGUUUUGCCUUUGUACAGAGAGAUAUACGUGAUAAAUCUCUUUAUCGUAAAAUCGAACCUAUAAAAUCCACUUUG